GAAGAUGAUGAAGAUGAUGAUGAAGAUGAUGAUGAUGAUGCUUCCUGCAGAGCGGAUGAUGUCUGAGAGCAGCUGCGAUGGCCUGCAGCAGCGGUCAGAAUAACGCCGAGACGCUGGAGGGAUUCCACGAGGUGAACCUAGCGUCACCCACCACCCCUGAUCUACAGAACCAAGCGGAGCAUCGAACCCCGGCUCGUCACAGCGCUCCGCCUGCCUCUCUGUAUCGGACCCAUUCCCUUGGAGCGCCUCCUCCUGGCCUUCCCACCUCGCUGCGGGCCGACCAGCUUCCCACGCAGCCCGUUUACUCCACACCGCGGCCCAGUCACAAUGGAAGUGUGCCGGGCCUGGACGCGGAGUUGGCGGAGGGCAGCUUCCUGUCCGUAGAGGACGGGGAAGAGUGCGGCGCUCUGAGCGACAGUCUGUCGCGGCUGCGCAGUCCGUCGGUGAUGGAGGUCCGAGAGAAAGGAUGCGAGAGGCUGAAGGAGGAGCUGGUGAAGGCUCAGAGGGAGCUGCUGUUGAAGGAUGAGGAGUGUGAGAGGUUGUCUAAAGUCAGAGACCAGCUCAGCCAGGAGCUGGAGGAGCUCACCGCCAGUCUCUUCCAGGAGGCUCAUAAAAUGGUCCGAGAAGCCAACGUGAAACAAGCAAAUGCAGAGAAACAACUGAAAGAAGCUCUGGGGAAGAUCGACGUCCUCCAGGCGGAGGUGCAGGCUCUGAAGACGUUGGUGCUCUCCUCUCCCACGUCUCCCGUGGGUGAGCUCCCGUCUGCAGGAGCCUCAAAGACCCCCUUCAGGAAGGGCCACAGCAGGAACAAGAGCACCUCGUCCGCCAUGAUGGGGACGCAGCCGGACCCGUCGGCCACGCAGCCCAUCGUACGGGAGUGUAGAGAGGUGGACAGUCAGCUGUUCGGCGAGUUCAAGGCGUGGAAGGAGGAGCCGACGCUGGAGCGGAGCUGCUGCUUCCUGCAGAGAGUUUACCGUGAGGACAUUUACCCCUGCCUCACCUUCAACAAGAGCGAGCUGGGUUCGGCCAUCCUUGAAGCCGUGGAGCAGAACGCUCUCAGUGUGGAGCCGGUCGGUUUCCAGCCGCUGCCCGUCGUUAAAGCCUCUGCGGUGGAGUGCGGAGGACGAUGUUCUUCGACUUCGGGAGAGUUUGGUUAA